AGUUAAGCCCACGAAUCGAUCGCUAGAAACUAGGGUUUACGAGCACGCCCUGGUAUAAAAGAGGCGAGGGUCACUGAUGCAGGACCUCCCGCAGCCGCCACCUCAACCCAGGAACAGAGCGAGGCGACGCCGCGGCACCUCUUCUCCGUUGAUAUUGAUUAUUUAGGCGAAGGGAAAUGGCAACCGUUCCAGGGGAUCUGAUCUGGCAGGUUGUGAGGAAGAACAACUCCUUCCUUGUGAAGCAGUUCGGCAACGGCAAUGCCAAGGUGCAGUUCACCAAGGAGCCGAACAACCUCUACAACAUCCACUCCUUCAAACACUCGGGUUUGGCGAACAAGAAGACUGUGACGAUCCAGCCAGCUGCAAAGGACUCGGCUGUGGUCCUCUCUACUACCAAGACCAAGAAGCAGAACGCACCUGCGAAGCUCAGCCACAAGUCUGUGAUGCGCAAGGAGUUCCGCAAGAUGGCCAAGGCUGUGAAAAACCAGGUUAGUGACAACUACUACAGGCCUGAUCUGACCAAGCCAGCUCUUGCUAGGCUAAGCUCGGUGUACCGCAGCCUCCAGGUUGCCAAGUCCGGUGUCAAGAAGAAGAACAGGCAGUCCUAAGCGCUAAGUUUGUGUUCUGUCAGGGGGCAUGUUGGUGCUCGUAGUCCCAGCUUAUAUUUAUCUAUGUUCCAACAGUUGAGACUUGUUAGAACUGAGCAAACCAUGUUAAGAUGCUGCUGUGUGUCAUUCCUUAAAAAAAUUGCCUUGCACUUUGUGAUUACUGUCUCGUUGCUGUGUGUCAUUCUAUGACAAAUCGUUUGUCGCUUGAUUGUGCUUUGUUUGUAAACUUGCUUGUCGUGACUAGCACUUGUUAUCGCAUUUUUGAUUGGUUCUGUAAACAAUAUCCGAUAAACAAGAUUAGUAUCCUGCACGAGUGCAUGUUUAAACUA